UACUCUGUUUGAGCAUUUGGUCUACUACACUGACUGGACCAAGAUGGCCGUUAUGAAAGCUAAUAAAUACAGCGACAACAGCCCACAAGAGCUCUACAGGACCUCUCAGAGACCACAUGGCCUGACUGUGGUCCAUGCAUACAGACAGCCCUUUGCAAGUAACCCCUGUGGCACCGAUCGAGGAGGCUGUGAACACAUCUGUGUUCUGAGUCACAGAACUGAUAACGGCGGUCUGGGAUAUCGCUGCCGCUGCCGGAUGGGUUUCGAUCUGCAUGCUGACGGCAAGAGAUGCAUGUCUGUGAGGCAGUUUCUACUGUUCUCCAGUCAGCUGGCGGUCAGAGGAAUCCCCUUCAACCUGUCCACGCAGGAAGACAUCAUUCUCCCCAUCACAGGAACUCCAUCUUAUUUCGUUGGAGUGGACUUCAGUGCUGCGGACAAUUCGAUUUUCUUCUCUGAUACGGGGAAGGACAUCAUCUACAAACAGAAAGUUGAUGGAACCGCAAUCGAGAAAAACUGUAAAGCAGUGUAUGUCUUUGUGCUCGGCAGUUAUAUUUUCUGGACUGACUGGUACCGUCCUGCGAAGAUUAUGCGGGCCUGGGGUGACGGGUCACAUGCUCAGUCGAUUGUAAACACCACUCUUGGCUGGCCGAAUGGCUUGGCCAUUGACUGGAGUGCCAUGCGGCUGUAUUGGGUGGACGCUUUCUUUGAUAAGAUCGAGCACAGCAACUUUGACGGACAAAACAGGUUGUCUUUGGAUCGCAUCACUCAGAUCUCCCAUCCGUUUGGACUUACUGUCUUUGGAGGUUAUGUGUACUUCACCGACUGGAGGCUGGGUGGAAUCGUGAGGGUCCGUAAAACAGACGGAGGGGAGAUGAUGAUCAUACGCCGAGGGAUCAGCCACAUCAUGCAUGUCAAAUCCUUCAACGCUGACUCGCAGAUUGGAUCUAACUUCUGCAACAGGCAAACAAACCCAAAUGGAGACUGCAGUCAUUUCUGUUUCCCAGCGCCGUACUCCCAGCGAGUGUGUGGCUGUCCAUACGGAAUGAAGCUGGAAGCGAAUCAGCAGACGUGUGUGGACGAUCCAUCCAAUGAGCCGCCGACCCUCCAGUGUGGCUCUAACUCCUUCUCGUGCACUAACGGGAAGUGUGUCCCCCAGAUAUUUAUAUUCAUAUAA